AUGGACCUCUUUGCAAAGAAGAUGAAAAAGUUUCUGGUGUUGAUAAACUCUAGGCUCCAACUUGUUAUGAAAAGUGGAAAGUACGUGCUGGGAUAUAAACAAACUCUGCAGAUGAUCAGACAGGGCAAAGUGAAAUUGGUUAUCCUCACCAGCAACUGCCCAGCUUUCAGGAAAUCUGAAAUAGAAUACUAUACCAUGUUGGCUAAAACUGGUCACAGCAUGUGGAAACACUACAGAGUAUGCACACUGGCUAUCAUUGACCCAGGUGAUUCUGGUAUUAUGAGAAGCAUGCCAGAACAGACUGGCGAAAGGUAA